UCCUGGGAGGCACAAGUGUAAUGGACCCUUGUUGCUACCGUUUGACAGCACUUGAACUGUACCAGGUGUAUUAAUGCUAAUCGUUAUUAUGUGUUUGCUGACGCCCUGAUUUAGCCCCUGGUACUUGUCAGUUUAGAGCAUCACCGGUUAGCCCGGCUAUAACAGUCUUUGCUGCUCUCCGUUAGCCAAACAUCUAACAAUGUGGGUUUUCGGAUACGGGUCUCUUAUUUGGAAAGUGGAUUUUCCUUAUGAGGAGAAAAGAGUCGGCUACAUAAAAGGCUUUAGUCGUCGGUUUUGGCAGGGCAGCACCGACCACCGGGGAGUACCGGGUAAACCUGGCCGGGUCGUGACACUGGUGGAAGAUCCUGAGGGCUGCGUUUGGGGCAUCGCCUACAAGCUGCCGACAGGUCGUGAGGAAGAAGUGAAGAGCUACCUUGACUACAGAGAAAAAGGUGGUUACCAGGUCAUCACAGUGACUUUUCACCCACGCCCACCUCAUACCUCUUCACCCAGCCAGACGCUGCUCUACAUCGGCUCUCAGGACAAUCCAAACUACUUAGGCCCGGCCCCUCUGGAGGAGAUAGCCAACCAGAUUGUCAGCUCCACUGGUCCAAGCGGGAAAAACACAGAGUAUUUGUUUCAGCUUGCUGAUGCUGUGAGGACGAUUCUGCCCGAGGACUCAGACACACACCUGUUUUCUCUGGAAACUCUAGUGAGAGAAAGAAUACACAGUGGGCAGAAACACUUGAACACACAAAGCGGCAGGGUGUAAUUACUUAAGAAAAUAAACUUGAUGAAUGAUAAAAACAACAAGCUGGAUUAAUCAUGUUAUCUCAGGUUUUAAGGUACACAUGGGGCCAUAAUGGGUACAGAAAAUAUUUUAAAAAGUGUGAAGAGAAAUGGAUGACGACACUAAACUGCACUGAUUAUAAAGUGUGAGCUGCUUUAGAAUAUUAGAAAAAUACUAACAGGUACUGUAGCUGGCAUACAACCUACAUGUUAUGAAUAAACUUUUUUUUCCCUGUCCAUUACUCACCAGCACAAAGGAAAAAGGUUUCAAAUAAAUGCUGCAUUUUCCCGUUGAA